AUGCCAGCAUCACGAAAUCGUCCGAUGCAGCACAUUGACCGCAAGAGUCUCUACACCAGUCUGGAGGCUCGUGUCAAGUACUUGCAUUCUUUUCUUGACUUCGGUGUCAGUGACAUCGAAGCAUUGAAGAGCGGCAGCAAAUAUAUCCAGGCCCUCAUCCCAGCGGUUGUCAACAUUGUGUACAAGAAACUUUUGCAGUAUGACAUCACCGCCCGGGCUUUUACGACAAGGUCCACAGCCUUCGAAGGUCCCAUGGACGACACGCCAGACGAGGACAGCCCCCAGAUUCUUCAUCGCAAAAUGUUUCUCAGAGCAUAUCUUAAGAAGUUGUGUUCAGAUCCUGCGCAGAUGGAGUUCUGGGAGUACCUCGACAAGGUUGGCAUGAUGCACACAGGCAUUGGCCGAACGCACCCAUUACACAUUGAGUACAUUCACAUCGGCGCCGGACUCGCUGUUAUCCAAGAUGUUCUCACCGAGGCUAUCCUCUCCCAUCCUCGUCUACACAUCCAACGCAAGAUCGCCAUCGUCAAAGCCCUUGGCAAGGUCAUCUGGAUUCAGAACGACCUGUUCACCAAGUGGUAUGUCCAUGAUGGGGAGGAGUUCACCGACGGCAUGGACUUUGGCGAAAUCGAAAAGGAAGGCUGGCUGCACGGAAAGAAGGUUCUUAACGAGCAAGAUGCUAUUUCUGAGGGCAGCGAUGACACAGCAACAGCCUGCCCCGCCAGCGGACAAAAAGGCAAAGAUGGUCCGACAGCUGGUGUGUGUCCAUUCACAGGGAUAUCGUCAGACAUGAAGAAUUUGAAAGUGCAAGAUGACAAGCCCAAAGUGGAGGUGACAGCGACUGGACAGCAAUAA